AUGGGUCAAAAGAAGGGCAGCAAGGUCAAGCGCAAGACCGCCGGUCGCGCGACGAAGACGCAUUUAUGUAAAACCGCUCGCCGCGUCGGGUACGCCAGUUCGACGCACGCGGACGUGCGUUUCGAGGCGUUUCACGCCGCCGCCGCCGCCGCGAACGGGACACCGCUGAAACGCGGCGCGACCGCGCUCGACCUGAUCGAGGGCGCGAAUCAGACGGCGAUCGAUGAGGACGUCGGGACGUACUUUGCCGUCGCCACGGGUCGAAGGUUCAGCACGCGCGAGGGGCUGGAGAGCCACAUGAAGACGAAGGAUUACAAGCGCGCGGUGAAGCGACUGAAGACGGGCGAGCGGCCGCACGACGAGCGAGACGCGGAGGCCGCGGCGGGAAUGGGGACGCCGAAGAAUGACUAG